GGUCACAUGACUUUGAUCACAUGCUGCCUCUCACUGUUUCCUUGAUAGUACACCACCAUGGCUGUUCGAGUUCUUGUGCUUUUUCUGUGUAAAGUGUCCUUAUUUUUACAGCUUGGUGUGAUUGUUGUGGCAGAGGGGAGGUUUUAUGGCUUCAGAAAGUUUCAUGUAGACUCCAGUCAGAGAGCUGGGAGUGAGGAGCAGUGGUUCACACAGAAACUGGACCACUUCAAUGGUGCAGACAGCAGAGUGUGGAAACAAAGAUAUUUCAUAAAUGAGUCCUUCUACAAGAGCGGCGGCCCUGUGUUUCUGAUGAUAGGUGGAGAAGGUCCAGCAAAUCCAGGAUGGAUGCAGAAUGGGACCUGGCUCACUUAUGCUGAGAAGCUGGGAGCUCUGUGCUUGAUGCUGGAACAUCGUUUCUAUGGGAAAAGUCACCCCACAGGGGACCUGAGCACCGACAGCCUCCGCUUCCUCAGCAGCCGACAGGCACUGGCAGACCUGGCUCACUUCCGUACGGUGAUGGGUGAGAGCCUAGGGCUGACCCACAGCAGGUGGGUGGCGUUUGGCGGGUCGUACCCGGGCUCUCUGGCUGCCUGGUUCAGGUUGAAGUACCCCCAUCUGGUGCACGCCUCUGUGGCCACGAGUGCACCUGUGUACGCCACAGUCAACUUCCCAGAGUACUUGGAGGUGGUGUGGCGAUCGCUGGCCUCAGAAAAUGUAGAGUGCCCCGUGCUGGUGAAAAAGGCUUCAGACACCAUCGCUGAACUCCUGAAAGACCCCGAAACCUUUGACAACGUCACCAAAGACUUUAACCUAUGCUCCAAACUACAGAUCCAGAAUCCGAUGGACUCUGGCUACUUCCUGGAAAUGCUGGCUGGCAACUUUAUGGAUGUGGUCCAGUAUAAUGAAGACAACAGAGAGUUUGAGGGUGUUGUGGGUGGCAACAUAACCAUCAAGGUGCUGUGUGCCGUGAUGGGGGACACCUCGCUGGGAGAUCCGUACGCUCGCUACGCUGCUGUGGCCCGUCUUAUGAUGGACGCUUUCUCUUUGAAGUGCCUGGACCCCAGCUUCAGUAACUACACCAGAGACAUGACGAAUUCGUCCUGGGAUGGACCCGCUGCAGGCGGAGGGAGACAGUGGGUCUAUCAGACGUGCAGUGAAUUUGGAUUCUACCAGAGCACAGAUUCACCUAACCAGCCUUUUACUGGCUUCCCUCUCGGAUAUCAGCUGAAACAGUGUGCAGCUUUCUACAACAUCAGCGCUGAACAGGUGGCCGAGGCUGUCGCUCAAACCAAUGAGUACUACGGUGGCUACGACAUCCGCUCCAGCAGAAUUGUUUUCCCCAACGGCUCCAUCGACCCUUGGCACGCAUUGGGCAUCACCCAGGACAUCGUGGCCGACCUCCCUGCUGUUUUCAUCAAAGGAACAGCUCACUGUGCUAACAUGUACCCAGCUAGGAGUCAGGACCUUCCACAGCUGUCCCUCGCUCGUGACCACAUCUUCAUCCUCCUCCAGCAGUGGCUGAAGCAGUGAGUCACGGCUGGAUUAGCAGAGCGGACCCAACUAACUCAUGACUCUGUCAGAACACUUCCUGCUGCUACAAAUGCUGCUUUGCCCAAUUUUCAGUAGGAAAAAGUUUGUGUUUUUGAAAAAGUUUGAAUAUUUUAGAAUAAUCAAAGGAAUGUUUUAGUCUGAUUUUUUGUAAAGGCAAUUAAACGCACCACUUUCUUGGAUGAGUUUGGAAAUGAGGCUGUCAGGGUUUUUGUCCAUUCUGACAUGUUGUGGAAAAUUUUAAAUAUAAAAUCCCAACAAUCAUUUAAACUCAACUUUAAUUUCAUUGAUUCUGAACCAAUAUGCAUGAAAUGCUUUUCAUGUGAAAUGGAAAAUAAACAGUUUCUGACUUAAUGGAAUAAAAAUAUGUUAAUGUUCCUUUAGGUGAUUCUCUAAUCUUGCCUACUUUUUUCAUAUGAUUUUGUGUUGAUAAUAAAACUUCAGUUUAUCAAGA